AUGUCUAUCUCCAUCACCACAGCCGAUGCCACCCUUGCUCCCUCCAUUGCAAACGCUAUGGUUUCAGCCCGCUGGGCAGAUCCACACUGGGUAGCUCUCUUCAGAUCCGAUAUCUCAUGUUCCAGAGUAACUUCCGAGACUGCACAACGAUUACCUUGGAACCUCAUCGACGGACGAGCUUCCAAACGCCAUCAGAUCGCCAUCGACACUACCACAGGUGAAGCUGUUGCUUAUGCUAGAUGGAUACUGCCAGAACACCUUGCUUCCGCAGACCCAGUGGUAUGGCCAGAAGCUCAAGUCCAAGAACCCACAGAAGAGGACAAGGCAGCUUUCGAGAAGAUGUUCAAGGAUGUUACGGAUCGAGGGUUAAGGAUGGAUUUGCUUCAGUAUCGCAGUACGCCUCUUGAANAAAUAGAUGCAAAGAUUCGUGAGAGCGGUCCAUUUCUAGCUAACAAUGCAUCUGAGAGCANNGAGCUGGAUUACCUGGCCACUGCACCAGAAUAUCAACGCCGAGGUAUAGGCGCAAUGCUUCUGAAAGUUGGCCUCGAAGUGGCUGAUGCGCAUGGAUUGAAGACGUAUGUGACUUCUUCUGUAGCAGGUGCCAAACUGUAUCAGAACCAUGGUUUCGAGGUUGUUGAGCCGCACACAGUGGAUUACUCUGAGUUUGGAGGUGUCGAGCCCGUGACGAAUUACUUCAUGAUAAGGAAGCCUCAAGGCAAACAUGGUUCUUGA